AUGAACUCACCUCGGAGCGAGAGCACCAACGACGGCGCGCGGCCCUCCUCUCCGGAGGCGCCCUUCGUGGAGGAGCGCAUCGAGGAGGACGGCGACCUGGAGGAGGACCUGGUCGAGCGGGAGAAUCCGCUGCUCGAGGACGAUGACGACGACCUGGAGGCGGACAUGCUGGCCGCGGCCGGCUCGCAGAGCCAGCAGAGCGAUGCCUCGGGAUCACAACAACGACGACGCCGACGAGGACGCAACAUGCGAACCGGGGCCGCCGCCGGCGACGACGACGAGGAGGAGAGCGAGGGCGAGGAGCUCUUUGGCGAGAACUUUGAGCGCGACUACCGCCCCCAGCCGAAGCUGGACGUCUACGACCCGGACCAGCUGGACGACGGCAACUACUCGGAGAUGUCGCUGGGAGAUCGAAUCGCCGCGGAGGCGACGCUGGCCGCCCGCGACAAGGCCGAGGGCCGCCUGACGGGCCGAAUGCGCCGCGGCCUGGACCUCUACGAUGACGGCACCUCGGAGACGUCGGACGUUGCGGCGNCCGCAGCUGCAGCCGCCAAUGCCGAUCGAAAGCGCCGCGCCCGCGCCCGAACUGCCGCCCUCUUUGGCGAGGGCUUUGGCGAGGACGCCGAGGACCAGCUGAUUGAGUCGAUUGAAAAUCUGGAGGACACGCGAGGCAUGUCCGUCCGCGAGUGGGUCGUGCAGAUGGCACCGAAGCGGGAGAUCUACAAUCGCUUCAAGAACUUUCUCCGCACGUGCACCGACGAGAAGGGCCGGAACAUCUUUCGCGACAAGAUUCGCGUCAUGUCGGAGGACAAUCGACAGUCCUUUGAGGUGGACUACCACAUUCUGGCGGCCGCCGAGCAGGUGCUGGCCUACUUUCUCCCCGACGCUCCGCUGGAGAUGCUGGAGAUCUUCAACGCCGCCGCGAAGGAGGUCGUCCUGGAGCUCUUUCCCGACUACGGGCGCAUCAGCAAGGAGAUCUACGUGCGCAUCAGCGAGCUGCCGCUCAUCGAGGACAUUCGCGCCCUCCGCCAGCUGCACCUGAACCAGCUGAUUCGCACGCACGGCGUCAUCACCUCCUCCACUUCGAUUCUGCCGCAGCUAUCGCUGGUGAAGUACGACUGCCUGAAGUGCCACUACGUCCUGGGGCCCUUUGUGCAGACGCAGACCGAGGAGACCCGCCCGGGCAGCUGUCCCGAGUGUCAGUCCUUUGGGCCCUUUUCGCUGAACAUGGAGGAGACCAUCUACCAGAACUACCAGCGAGUGACGGUGCAGGAGGCGCCCGGAAAGGUCACCGCGGGCCGAAUUCCACGCGCCAAGGACGCCAUUCUUCUCGGCGACAUCUGCGACAGCUGCCGCCCCGGCGACGAGAUUGAGAUCACCGGCGUCUUCACCAAUGCCUACGACGGCGCGUUGAACAUCGCCAACGGCUUCCCCGUCUUCAGCACGGUCAUCCUCGCGAAUCACAUUCUGAAGAAGGACAAUCUGCUGGCGAGCAGCAGUGUGAUCACCGACGACGACAUCACCGCCAUUCUGGCGCUGGCCAAGGACCACCGCAUCGCCGAGCGCAUCUUCGCCUCCAUCGGCCCCAGCAUCUACGGGCACAAGCCGGUGAAGCGCGCCUUGGCGCUGGCUCUCUUUGGCGGCGAGUCGAAGAACCCCGGGGAGAAGCACCGCAUCCGCGGGGACCUGAACAUUCUGCUGUGCGGCGACCCGGGCACGGCCAAGUCGCAGUUUCUCAAGUACCUCUCGAAGAUUGCCCCGCGGGCGGUGUUCACCACCGGCCAGGGCGCCUCGGCCGUCGGCCUGACGGCCUUUGUGCAGAAGAGCCCGGUGACGCGCGAGUGGACGCUGGAGGCGGGCGCCCUGGUGCUCGCCGACCGCGGCGUCUGCCUCAUUGACGAGUUCGACAAGAUGAGCGACCAGGACCGGACGUCGAUUCACGAGGCGAUGGAGCAGCAGUCUAUUAGCAUCAGCAAGGCGGGCAUUGUCGCCUCGCUGCAGGCCCGUUGCUCGGUCAUUGCGGCGGCCAACCCCAUCGGCGGCCGCUACGACCCCGCCCUCACCUUUGCGCAGAACGUCGACCUGACUGAGCCUAUUAUCAGUCGUUUCGACAUUAUCUGUCCGAUUCGCGACGUGGUGGACCCGUACGCCGAUGAGCAGCUGGGCAAGUUUGUCGUCCGGUCGCACAUUCGCCACCACCCCUUUGCCAGCGAGAAGGAGCGCGAGGCGAAUGUCAAUCCGCAAAAUUCGCAGAACUCCCAGGACCCGACCGCUGCGGCGGCCCUCUACGACGACGCCUACGACCUGCGCCCCAUUCCGCAGGACCUGCUGCGGAAGUACAUUGUCUACGCACGGGAGCGCAUCCGCCCGAAGCUGGCCAAGCUGGACCGGGAGAAGAUUGCCCGCCUCUACUCUGAGCUGCGGCGGGAGUCGAUGCUGACGGGCAGCAUUCCCAUCACCGUCCGCCACAUUGAGAGCAUCAUUCGCUGUGCGGAGGCGCACGCCCGCAUGCACCUCAGGGACGUGGUCGGCGAGGCCGACGUCAACCUGGCCAUUCAGACGACGCUGGAGAGCUUCAUUGCCACGCAGAAGCACAGCGUCCAGAAGACCAUUGCUAAGACCUUUGCCCGGUACUUUACCCGCUCGAACACCGAGCUGCUCUUCACCAUCCUCCGCCAGAUGGUCCACGAGGAGCUGGCCCUGCGACGCAGCCGCGCCCGCAGCAUGGGCGAGCCGGUGGAGGAGGAGGGCUCCAUUCGCAAGGUGGAGAUUAGCGAGCCGGAGUUUGCCAAGAAGGCUCGUCAGUUGGAGGUGUACCACCUGAAGAACUUUUACGACAGUCGUGCCUUUGCUGCGCAGAACUUUUACUACGAUGCGGCGCGCAGAGUCAUUACGCAGCAGUUUUAA